AGAGAUAAAAGGAAAUGAGCAUAAAAUAUGGUCGGCGUUGGAGUCGUAAUGCGUCGGGAUCAACGGGGGAUGGACAAUUAUUGGAUAGCUUGAUGGGAACGCAGAGCUCAAUGGAGGUAGAGAUAUCUAUAGAAGAGGAGAACGUUGGCACGGACAACUCGAUCAAGGAGGAGCUAAAGAAGGAUGAAGAAGGAGCGUUCAAGGAAAAGUUAGAGGAUGAAAUGGAUUCUUUGAAGGAAGAAGAAAUCUGGAGGAGUCGACGGGAGAGAAUCAAUAAUGCAUUGGAGGCUGCGCGAAACACGGAGCGACAAGAUCCGGCAGAAGUGUAUGCAGUUGCUGGAAGACUGGCGAGUGUCAUCCUCAGCGCCGAUGUCAAAGAGUUCGUUUCUGAGAUCGAAAGGCUUGCCAAUCAAACCGACCCGUCUGCCGUUUUCAAUUGCUUGUCAAAAGCAGGGAAAGGUUCACUGCUCCACAUUGCGUUAUAUACCAGUAAGGACGACAUCCUGAGGCUCCUUCUUGAUUAUGUCCCUGGCGAUAUCAUAGCCGCCCAAAAUGACAGAGGAGAUACCCCCCUCCACGUGGCAAUUAUGGCUAAGAGACCUAGCGCUACUGCGAUGCUGAUUCGCCGGAUAAAAGACCUCCCCAACAUCGAGGACAAGAACAAGAUCCUGAGGAUGAAGAACAGAGAUGGAAACACCGCUUUGCACGAGGCCGUGCUUAAUCGUGACAUCGAAAUGGUGCGCCAUCUGUCAAACGAAGAUUUGGAGCCCGUGUACUGGAAGAACGCGGAUCAGGCGUCUCCCCUGUACUUGGCCAUUGAAUCUCCAGGCACCGCAAUAUGUGAGGUUUUGUUUUCACUCCCGCUUGAGCCAUACAGGAUCCAAGGCUUGCCGCCCAUUCAUGGUGCCAUCAUACGUUUACGCCGUGAUUUAGUCGACCUGAUACUCAAAAAGAACAUGGAGCUAUUUGCAAUGAACGACUCCAGAGGCGGUAAUGUAUUCCAUUUAGCAGCUUACUUGAAUAUUGCCUUCGUGUUCGAACUCUUAGGACCGGAAACUGAACAUUUGGUCCAACAACCGGAUAUGAAUGGGGAUCUUCCCAUUCAUAUUGCGAGCAAGAGGGGUUAUGUUGAUCUAAUCGAGAAGCUACUUCCGAUAUCAACUGGGUAUAACGGGCGAGGACAAAACAUUGUUCAUGUGGCAGCAAAAUAUGGGAGAACUAAAGUGGUCAAAUAUGUUCUUAGACAUCCAGAAUUGUGGACGCUGACAACUGAUAGAGAUCAUGCUGGAAAUACGCCUUUACACUUGGCAGCGAUGUAUUCACAACCCGCCGCUUUGAUUCCUCUUGUGCUGGACAAAAGAAUUAAUCUUGCCCGUGUCAACCACGAAAGCCUGACUGCUUUUGCCAUUGCUCAAAAUCUCUUCAUAAGGGCGCCUACAAUACGGAAGCGAUUGACAUUAAUGGUGUUGGCAUCCUCGACACUUUGGAAAACUAUAGCUGUGAGCAGAGACUUACUUAUACUUAGGCCAGAAGCUCGAGAUGAUGCGUUUUCAUACACCUGGCGCAAAUCGAAGCUAAACAUGGACGACCUGAAGGAUGUCGUUAAUACCCGUCUGCUGGUGGCAACGCUUGUGGCCACCGUGACUUUCGCAGCUGGUUUUGCAGUUCCUGGAGGAUUUAACGGCUCGGACACAGCCUCCAAAGAUGACCGGGGCAUGGCUACUAUGCUGGACAAGAGAUUGUUCCAGGCCUUUGCAAUUUGCAACACCAUCGCGAUGUUCUGCUCAAUGACCGCAGUCAUCAACCUCGUCCCUGUGGAGGGACACGACUUCGAAGCUGCAGUGGCUGCAUUGCGGCACUCAAUGCUGCCGCUAGCAAUUGCACUCCCGGCAAUGUCCGUCGCUUUCUUAACUGGUGUCACCUUGACUGUUGGCAAACUCCCUUGGCUUGCUAACACUAUAUUUUAUUUGGGGCUCGUUUUCCUCCUAAUUAUCUCAGGCGCUACAUUGAUAGAGUACCCUCCUUUCCUUCGGAGUCAUCAUCGUCCUAUCCGUCGUCUAAUAUUUUGGCUUGUUCUCGCUUACAUUUAUUUGUGGGGAGUUGGGACGCACCUUUUGGAUGACUCGGAAGAAGACGGAACGGCGAGCGGGACCUCAGCUAGUCGGCCUCCAGAUGGUGCUGGUGAUCGAAUGACUGACAACUCGGCGACAGCAAAAUGUGAGGACGUGCCACGUCCUCCCAGAAACUAA